ACCAAGCUUCACAAAUCACAUUAGAUAAGCAUAGCCACACACUCUUCUUCUCUCAAUUCUCAUUCAUUAUCCCAAACCACCACAGUCAUAUCAAUCAUUUCUUCAUUGAUCAAUGGUGCAAGAGAAAAAACUUGUGCAGAAUGUCUCCGGUUGGCUCAGAAUUUACGACGACGGUUCAGUAGACCGUACAUGGACCGGUCCACCGGAAGCGAAGUUCAUGGCCGAGCCAGUACCACCCCAUGAAGAAUUCAUCGACGGGGUUGCCACCCGCGACAUAACCGUCGCGGAAAGCAACCGCUCCGUCCGACUUUACCUUCCCGAGAUUACAUCUGCUGACAAGGAAAAGCUGCCGGUAGUUGUCCAUUUCCAGGGUGGCGGGUUCUGCAUUAGCGAACCGGACUGGUUUAUGUACUAUAACAUGUACACCCGGUUCGCUCGAGCCGCUCGGUUCAUUUGUGUGUCUCCUUUCCUUCGUCGUGCACCCGAACACCGCCUUCCGGCAGCCAUUGAAGACGGCUUCUCGACUCUACUCUGGCUACAAUCUGUUGCCAAAGGAGAGUCAAAGGAGUUGUGGCUUGAGAAACACGCGGAUUUCAGCCGGGUAUUUCUCAUAGGAGACAGCUCCGGUGGGAACGUUGUGCACGAAGUUGCUGCCUUGGCAGGUAAGGCAAGUCUCGAACCGCUCCGGUUGGCCGGAGCUAUCCCGGUUCACCCAGGAUUUCUUCGAUCAACCAGAAGCAAAUCAGAGCUUGAAAAACCGCAAUCACCUUUCUUGACUCUAGACAUGUUGGACAAUUUCCUGGCGUUAGCUUUGCCGGUGGGGAGUACUAAGGAUCACCCCAUAACUUGCCCGAUGGGGGAAGCGGCGCCGCCGCUGAGCGGGCUGAAACUGCCGCCGUUUUUAGUGUGCCUUGCGGAGAUGGAUUUGAUAUGGGAUACAGAGAUGGAAUACUAUGAAGCAAUGAAGAAGGCAAAUCAUGAUGUGGAGCUCUUUGUUAGCAAAGGAAUGACACAUAGUUUUUAUCUUAACAAAAUUGCGGUGGAUAUGGAUCCAAAUACUGCUGCUGAAACUGAAGCUCUUAUUGCAAGGGUCAAAGAGUUCAUUGAGAAGCACUAACAAGUUAAUUAAGUCCAGAGCGCGUACCUUAAAUGAAACUCGGAUCUACCAAGAAUUAGUCCUUAAUUUAUAGGAUGAAAAAUACUUUCCGCAAUCAUAAAAUAAGUUAAUUAAUCAUGCUUUUAUUAGCUACUAUAUUAUUAUUUAGUGAAAAUAAAUAAAAUUCUAGUCAGUAGCAGCCUUUGUGUAUGUGGAGCCUCUCGGACAUGUCUCUUAGUAAUAAUUUUUGAAUCACUGUACUCUAUAUAAAGUAGUGGUCGUAUGAGAGUCACAUGUUGUUAAU